GUCCCGGGUCCCAAUUUCGCCCAGACCGAGAUCGCCGAUGGCAGACGCAACGACGACCGUGGUCGAGCACUACAACGACGCGCAUGGCGCCGACGCGACGCGGACGUACACGCGCGGCCGCUUCCUCGGCAAGGGCGGCUUUGCGCGCUGCUACGAGAUGACCGCGCCGGACGGGGCAACGUACGCGGCCAAGGUCGUCGCCAAAGAGACGCUGCUCAAGCCCAAGGCCAAGAUCAAGUUUGCGAGCGAGAUCAAGAUCCACAAGGCGCUGCAUCACCCGCGCGUCGUGCAGAUGCACCACUUUUUUGAAGACGACGCCAACUGCUACCUCCUCCUCGAGCUGUGCCCCAACCACAGCCUCUCGGACUUGGUCAAGCGGCGAAAGCGCCUCGCCGAGCACGAAGUUCGCUUCUACAUCAAGCAGCUCCUCGAGGGUAUACAGUACCUCCACUCGCAGUGCGUCAUCCAUCGGGAUCUGAAGCUCGGCAACCUCUUUUUGACGAGCGACAUGCAGAUCAAGAUUGGCGACUUUGGCCUUGCGUCGCACCUCGACUCGAAGGCCGAGAAGCGCAAGACGAUGUGCGGCACGCCCAACUACAUUGCGCCCGAGAUCCUCAAUGGCGCCCGCAACGACGGCCAUAGCUUUGAAGUUGACAUCUGGUCCACGGGUGUCAUCAUGUACACCCUUCUAGUCGGGAAGCCGCCGUUCGAGACGGCCGACGUCAAGAACACGUACCGGCUCAUUCGCGCCAACACGUACACCUUCCCAGACGGAGUCGCGAUCUCGUCGGCGGCGCGCGGGCUUAUCACCGACAUCCUCCGCCACGACCCGACGCAGCGCCCGUCGAUCGCCAACAUCCUCAAGCACCCGUUCCUGCGUGACGAUAGCGUGCCUCUGCACCUGCCCGAGUCGUCGCUCUUCAUGACACCGCCCCGUCCGGUCGCUACCAAGUCGACCGCGCCCAAGACGCCGGUGCCAUCGCCGUCACCCCACCAUGACAAGCCACCGCUGCGGACGCCGCUGCGCACGUUGCACCAGGCCAACCAAGCCCCGCCGGCUGCCCCCGACGUUCUCGAGGCGACAUGCGAAACACUGGCGUAUCUUAUCGCGCUGGAUGAAGAGCGAAGGGGCAAGCACAACUCGGAGAACGCGAUCCUGAGCACGACCAAGCAGCAGAUCCUCCAGGCUCGCCUCGCCGUGCUGCCGCCGCCACGCGCAGCUCCCCUCUGGGUCCUCCAAUACGUCGACUAUACGGCCAAGUACGGUCUUGGCUACGUGCUCUCGAACGGGUCGGCCGGUGUCUACUUUAACGACUCGACCAAAAUCAUCGCGAGCCCUGACGGCAGCACGUUCGACUAUGUCGACCGCCUUGAAGCGCCGGCCGUCGACUCGCCCCGAAAGACGUUUAGCGCGAAACAGUUUGAUGCGUCACUCGCCAAGAAGGUGACCCUCAUGGGCCACUUCAAAGAGUACAUGAAGGAAGAAGAGCCGACGUGCACGUCUCGAACGCUCCUGCUCGAGCACCUGAAGAAGCUACCGCCGCCGUUCUGCGGAGCUUCGAGCGCCCACGUGUACAUUCGCAAGUGGGUCAAGACGCGCCACGCGAUCCUCUUCCGGCUCACCAACGACACGAUCCAAGUCGAUUUUUACGACGCGACGCGGCUCGUUCUCGCGCAGGACGGGCUCGCCAUCACGUAUGUAGACAAGGACGGCACGAUGCACGUGCUCUCAACCUACGACGCCGUGCAGCAUCCGGCCAAGACGCCGGACCUCGUCAAGCGCCUCAAGUAUGUCAAGGACAUGCUCGUGCAAAUGGUCAAAGCCAAGGCGGCGCCGUAAGUAUGAGCUCUGUAGCCACCCCAUAUAUUAUAUACAGUGCUAUUUUGCGA